AUGUCCUCCACUACGACGCCGACCACACAGGCACCUCUCUCUGAGACUUUGACUCUCAUCGUCACAACGUCCCCCACGCCAUCGGCGCCGUUGACGGAUCUCCUCGAUGCUGUCUUCCAAUCGUUUCGUCUUCACUGCCCUGACCUGCUCUCAUGCCGUAUCAUCGUUGUCUUCGAUACGUAUGAGCGAGUGGGUGAGGUAGCCAGGUUGAAGAAAGGCCAAGUCACAGAGGAAGGGGCAAAACAGUUUGCAGUCUACAAAGACAAUGUUAAGAAACUCGUCCUCGAUGCUCACGGGGACGUUGCAAAUGAUGAGGAGUUGAUACAGGAGCAAGGAGAGGCAGAAUACGGAUAUGACGGGCGAGCCACAAACAUCGCAUCAUUUACCGUUAGCCGUACAAGCAAUGGAAAGGUUGCUUUUGUAGAACCUGCAGAGAGACUAGGCUUUGGCCUCGCCGUACGGACUGCUCUCAGAAUAACCACGACGCCGUACGUCUGGGUUCAUCAACAUGACUGGAGACUUGUGGCAGACAUCCCCAUUGCACCGAUAUUAGACGUCAUGAAAGAUGCAGAUGAGGAUGCGGAGGCCCCAGUGAAGUACGUUUGUCUUGCGUCGGUGCGUAUGCUAGAGUACGCCAACUCGGCCCAUGUUCAAGAUUUUCCCAACCUGCGAACGCUGACGACGACGUUGAAACGGGACUUUGCGUCCCCGGGAUAUUCAAAUACCAAAGUGCCGUUGACGCCGCUUUUCUUCUGGCAUGAUAAGCCGCACAUUGUCUCCACGCAGCACUACCUCUCGAGAGUCUUCCCCACCAGGUUGGCAAUCCCGCGGGGUGCUUUCAUAGAAGAUACGAUUGGUCACCGCGCGAGAACACAAAUGAAAGAGCAAGGAAUGUGGGCCAGGUGGGCUUGCUGGCUGUUCUACCCGGAUGAGGGAAAGUUGCUAUGUCUGAGGCAUUUAGAUGGGAGGAGAUUCAGAGGUGUAGAGGCAGAGGAGAAGUUGAGGGCCAGUUAUAGAGAAGGUAGACCGGCAAAAGAGAGUAAUUCGGACUAA